AUGUCUGUGUCUUGGAAGUCCCCACCCGCAACUGCCCACGGGGAGCACUCGCCCGAGGCAGGUGGCCCAUACCAGAGGACCCACCUGCCUCUUGGUCCGGAGUCGGUGCCAGCACGGGGAGGGACUCUUCCCUCCCCAGAAGUUGUUCCCAAGACUUUUUCACUGGCUUCUCCCUGUUCCCCAGCCGCCAUGUCACUUAGGGAGCCCAAAUUCCCGCGGGUUUCUAAUGGGGGUGGGAAGGGCCAGACUGCUGGGCUGCGUUCUCGGGUCAGACGAGCACUGGUACCGGGACGAGAACAACCCUUGCCAUCCCCGGACAGCCGCGGGGUUGCGGCACCUCCUCCACAUCCCACCUUCUACACUCAUUUUCAUCUCUCAGUUCUUCAGCCUGGUUGCUUACCGCACCCCGGCGUGGUAAUCGGACAAAAAGCAAUCUUUUCCGAGAGAACAGUAAACGGAGGGAAAAAGCUCAAUCCCAUAAAGCGGUCCCUUCGGCAGUCUUGCUGCUCCCCGCCUCCGAGGAACUCCACCAGUGCGAGCAUAGACAAUCAGUGUCUUGGGGGGUUAUUUUCGAAAGGUGUCCGUCAGUGCCCGCUGAGUAGGAGUCCCGUCUACCCUUUCGGGGGCAAUUUUCUCUCCCUCACAAGCCGCAGCCCCUUGUCCCCCUUCUCCCCUCCUCGAGGCGGCCCGGGCUGGCGCAGAGCGCAGGAGCCCCCCCUUGGCAAGCCCGAAGAGAAACUUCGUUCCUCUCCUGACCCUUUCCUUGAAAGCAAGGUCCAGGGUGGCCGAACGGCCCUGGGAAAGGAGAGAGAGGCUGAUUUCUUUGCACACCUGCCGGUAUCGCCUGCGGGGCUCUCCUCUGCAGCUGCCUCUGCCGUCUCUUGGUUUCUGCCAUCACAGCUACUGUCCGUGAAGAGCAAUAAUGACAAUGAAAUUAACAAGCAAAACCAAAAAAAAAAAAGGACACAAAUUGAAGUGAUACCAUGCAAAAUUUGUGGUGAUAAGUCCUCUGGAAUACACUAUGGAGUCAUCACAUGUGAAGGCUGCAAGGGAUUCUUUCGAAGGAGUCAGCAGAACAAUGCCUCUUACUCCUGCCCAAGGCAGAGAAACUGUUUAAUUGACAGAACCAACAGAAAUCGUUGCCAACACUGCCGACUGCAGAAAUGUCUUGCCCUGGGAAUGUCUCGAGAUGCUGUGAAGUUUGGAAGAAUGUCCAAAAAGCAGAGGGAUAGCUUGUAUGCUGAGGUGCAGAAGCAUCAGCAGCGACUGCAGGAGCAACGGCAGCAACAGAGCGGUGAGGCAGAAGCCCUCGCCAGGGUGUACAGCAACAGCAUCAACAAUGGCUUGAGCAACAUGAAUAACGAAACUGGCAGUAGCUACUCAAAUGGGCAUGUCAUUGACCUGCCAAAGUCUGAGGGUUAUUAUAAUGUGGAUUCUGCCCAGCCUUCCCCAGACCAGUCUGGGUUAGACAUGACUGGAAUCAAGCAGAUAAAGCAGGAACCUAUCUAUGACCUCACCUCUGUACCAAACUUGUUUACCUACAGCUCUUUCAACAAUGGGCAAUUAGCUCCGGGGAUAUCUAUGACUGAAAUAGAUCGAAUUGCACAGAACAUCAUUAAAUCUCAUUUGGAGACAUGUCAAUACACAAUGGAGGAACUACACCAGCUGGCGUGGCAGACCCACACAUAUGAAGAAAUUAAGGUUUACCAGAGCAAGGUAUACGAACACAGGCAGGAGCAUAAAUCACACUCAGACUGGCUUGUAGAUGCAAAAUCAAAACUGCAAAUGGACCAUGACAUCCUGGGUAAAAAUCUGGCUCCAUUGAAACCAAUGGCAAAACCCCUCACUGAUUUCCAUGAAGUGACGAGUUCAGCAUUUUUACAUCUGCAAUUUUCUUCUGAUCUUUCUUCCUUGUUUAAUAUAACUGACCUAAUUUAUGUGUAUGUGGUUAAAAACAGCCUGAUUCAUUUAGAAAGUGACCAUUGA